AUGGACGGGCAUGGCUUCUUCUGUCAGGCUGCCGUCUAUGACACCAUUCGCGCCGCUACCGACACCGUUCGAGCGAGAGCUCCGGGAACGAUACAACAGGAGCGUGCCUACAGCCCCCACAGGCCAGCUGAGCAGGCUUUCUUUUGCACAGGCGCAGAGGCUCUCCGUGGCAGACACGCGACGGGCCACCAAUGA